AGAGCAGGGCAGGGGGUGGGGGGGGAUUGCGAUGAGCCGACGAGUCGCCGGCCGGACUUGAGGACUACUUCCACCGAGACCCUGGACCGGAGGUCUCCUUCCACAACGCUUCCCGAUUUCACUCUCCCCUCCCUCCCUCCCUCCCUCCCUCUUUCUCCUCUCCUCAUCUUUCAAGACAAACGCUGAUCUCUUUAUUCGACAUCGCACGUGAGGGUGGCGGCGAGUAGACUUCCGCUUGUCUGCUGCACAGGAAGCUGAGCGAGGAGGGGGGGAGCUGUCCGGUGCUGAACUUGCUCUCGCUCUGCCGAGGAGGAGCCAGUGGUGGAAUUUCUACAGACUAAAAGACCUUCGCAACUAUUUAACGAGAUUGCUCCUGGCGGGCACGCUGGCCACGCCGGUCUGCUGUGUUUGCGUGCGUGCGGACUCGUGUGUCUGAGUGUGUGUGUGUGUGUGUUGCACCACCAUGCCGAGGUCUUUCUUGGUGAAAAAGGUGAAAUUGGAUGAUUUCUCCACCGCCGAUGAUUUGGAGAGCGCCUACCGGCCCAGGACGGAGCUCAGCCUGCGGCUACAUGACAAAGCCGGCUACAUCAGCGACUACAUCAGCCCGUCGGCGUACGAUGGCGAGAGCGACGGCGGGAUCAAGGUGCCCUCGCCGGACCCCCUCUACGACGGCAUCCACAGCGACUACGGCGCCCCGGACUCGGAGUCUCCCGACAGCCCAGGAUCAGAACUCACCGACGGCUACAUCAACGGCGACGCGGCGGUUAGCGACGGCUACUCGGUGGACGCCUUCUACAUCACGGACGGGCGCUCCAGAAGGAAAGCCAUGGGCAGCCCGCGCAGCAUCCAGCGGCACACCUGCAACGAGUGCGGCAAGACCUACGCCACCUCGUCCAACCUGAGCCGACACAAACAGACGCACCGCUCGCUGGAUAGCAAGCUCGCUAAAAAAUGCCCCACCUGCGGCAAGGUGUACGUGUCCAUGCCCGCCAUGGCCAUGCACCUGCUCACGCACGACCUCAAACACAAGUGCGACGUGUGCGGCAAAGCCUUCAGCCGGCCGUGGCUCUUGCAGGGUCACAUGCGCUCGCACACGGGCGAGAAGCCCUUUGGCUGCGCCCAUUGCGGCAAAGCCUUCGCGGACCGCUCCAACCUGCGCGCUCACAUGCAGACGCACUCGGCCUUCAAGCACUUCAAAUGCAAACGCUGCAACAAGACCUUCGCGCUCAAGAGUUACCUGAACAAGCACUACGAGUCGGCUUGCUUCAAAGGCCCCUUCUCUCCUCUCGGGCCCCUGGACGCGUGACCCUCUCUGGACGAGAACAAAAAAAAAAAAAAAAACCCCCCGCAAACCGUCGAUUUUGUGCUCUGACCCGGCUUCCUCGCUCACAUUCUGCACCUCGCUUUCCCCUGCGGCCGAUCCACGGCGAUGACGAUAGCACAAUUUUUCCUGGAUGGAACUGUUUUACGCAUGCACUUCCCGACAACAACAAACUGUCGACGAGUUCUUCCUGUUCCGGAUAGAGACGAGAAUAACGCAAACGCGGCAUCCAGACGCCGUUGAGACUUUCACAAGGACGGCUGCUGGCUUCCUCUCUGCACUACCACGCGUAGAAAAAGAGUUUCUUUCUUUUGCUUUUGGAGGAAGAGUAGUAAUAAUUAUAGUAAUAAUGAUAAUAACGCUGAUGUUCUUCUGCACCAAGUGACCAUAUUCUCGCCACUACUGAGGUAGAAAAAUAAUGUUUAUUUAUUUAUUUAUUUAUUUAUUUAUUUAUUUAUUUAUUUAUUUAUUUAUUUAUUUAUUUAUUUAUUUAUUUAUUUAUUUAUUUAUUUAUUAUUUGUCAUGUAUUUCUUUUGUUGCACUUUAUUUUUUAGUUACUUCCUAUUUCUACCACCACAGGCCAAAGCAUAUGCCACAUUUUAAGUGCGAUUUUUUUCUAAUUAUUUUGUUCAACUUAUUUGCAUGCAAAAAAAAAAAAAAAUCGAAUCUAUGCCAACAUCUUAUAAAGCUUUUUCUUUUUUACCUUUUUUUUGGUUGCCAAAAUUGAAUAGACGAGGGCAAUAUUUUUCUCUUGGAGCCUCCGUAGGACUUUUUUCAAAGCAAUAAUCACACUAAUGCAUGGUAUUUUAUGAUGAACUUACGAAGUAUUACCUACUACUGUAUAGCAGUUUUAAAAAUCAGGUAUGUUUUACUUCACCUAUAGUUAUAAACAGAAAAAGACAACUAUUGCAGACAUCAGGGAACAUGCCAAUGUAGUGUUAGCAAAACAAAAAGAAACAAAAAGUCUUUCCUCUCUCGUUAUGCACUGCCUGCCUCUUAGUGAGUAGAACUAAUGUAGGAUUCUG